AUGACCACCAACCGGAGUGGCCGUCGCCAGUUCUUUCCGGGAAGUGCCGAUUAUGAUGAUUUGAGAAAUAGUAUCGAAGGUUCGUUGGGACCUUCAGACAACUCCCUGUAUCCGGUCGACGCAGUAGGCAGUGAGCUGGACGAUAAAAGGCGAUUGUUUGACAGUUACAAUUAUGCGGGUGGUUAUUAUGAUUAUGAUAAUGUUUACGAUGAGGCGCCACUGGAAAGGAUCAAGGAGCCGGUGAAAGCGGUGGAACAGUGCAAGCCAGAAAAUAGAGGGGCCAAUCAAGUGACUGUAGUGGAUCCACAUUUGACUCACGUGGGAGCAAUGAUAGCAAAAUCAUUAAAGAUUUUACUGAUCAUGAUUGCGGUGCUGGCCAUACCAGCAACGGUGGUUCAUCUGGUUUUGAUUCCACUGAAGUUGCUAAUUGGAUUGAAGGCACUAGCGAUUGCCAAUGCGGCCGCGUUGGGUGCUCUUGCCGCCAAGAUUUGGUACAAGCCGAAACAUGGAACUGGUGAUCAUGGUUAUGGAGGGAGCGGAUCCAGUAUUAGUAAUAUUCAGCCGAUCACACAAAUCGCCACACUGCCCAUAAACAACAACCAAAAUCCAAAUGUUUGGAAUAAUUGUACCAGCUGCCCUUAUCCUUAUCCGGUUGUUUUUCCAUGGUGGUUGUAUUAUGGCAAUAAUUCUAACGUCAAUAACAAUAAUAACAGCAACAAUAAUUCAAACAGUAACACAAAUACUAAUACUAAUACUAAUAUAAAUAAUAACAACAAUAACAAUAAUAAUAAUAAUAAUAAUAAUAAUAACAAUAAUCAGAAAAAAUUGGGAAUAUCAGAAGGAAGCCCCAAAAAACAGAAGACACUGAGUGUAAUACAUUCGCUGAAACCCGAAGACUUUAGGAAUAUGACAGAAAGUGAUAUCAAAACGGUGCUGACGUUUUUGAAACGAAAACAUAAGAAGGUUCAUUAA